AUGUUUGGUGCGGUGUUUUUUUCCUUAGGUUUGCUGGUUGUGCAGUUAGUUGAUGGGGAGCUGGAUUACUUCUCCAAAGGAGAAGGAAUGCAACUGCAAGGGGACUUCUCCAUUGCUGGACUUUUUCCGCUCCACUACACAGAUGGACAAAGUGGUAGUCUGCCUGCUGUGGGUCAAUGUAAUGGGUGAGGACAGAACAAUUAACAUCUAGCUUCAGCACAACACAAUCCAUCAAAAAUGUUUGUUUUUUUCACUUGGUAUGUCUUCAUUUUUUGCUUCACUUGUCACUUUUCUAGAGGUGACUACAACAAACAUGGAUUUCACUUGCUGCAAGCCAUGAGAUUUGCAGUGGAAGAAAUUAACAACAGCACUGGGCCACAGCCUCUUUUACCUGGAGUAAAGCUGGGCUACCAGAUGUAUGAUAUCUGCUCUUUAUCAGCCAGUUUUCUGGCCACACUGGAUGUGCUGGAGCAACACUAUCGGAGCCUUUCUACAUAUGACACACAGGGAAGUAUGGACAAAAACUACAACUAUAGUCAAGGGACUGUGGCAGUAAUUGGUCCAGACAGCAGCAGCAAAUCUUUCACCCCAGCUGCUCUGCUAGGAGCUUAUCUUAUCCCACAAGUGAGUUUCUGUCAUGACCCUUAACUUGGUGCAUUUUUAGCAGAAACAUAUGCCCAAAUGAUAAAGUCAUUCCUCACAUUCUCUUGCUUCGCUUUAGAUAUCUUAUGAAGCAUCAAAUGAAAAGCUGAGCAACAAGUUCCUAUAUCCAGCCUUUCUGCGCACAAUUCCCAGUGACAAGAACCAGGUGGCAGCCAUGAUCCAGCUCCUUGUUCAUUUCAACUGGACCUGGGUUGCUCUGUUAGGUAGCGACAAUGCUUAUGGCCUGGAUGGAAUGCAGAGUCUGUCCAAGCAAGCACCACAACAUGGCAUCUGCAUCGCCUACCAAGGAGUUAUCCCCACAUUCAGUGUUGACAAAAUCCAGACCAUGAGGAACAUAGUGACAGGCUUACUGACAACCAAAGUCACCACAAUUGUGGUCUUCUCCAGCAAGUCAAAACUCAAGGGCUUCAUCCCAUACGUCCUCGAACAAAACAUGACAGACAAAGUGUGGAUUGGGACAGAGGACUGGUCAACAUCUUCCCUAAUAGCAGAUACCCCUGGCAUCAACACUAUUGGCACUGUGCUUGGUAUAUCUAUAAAGUACGCAGCCAUUCCUGGUUUUAAUGAGUAUGAGAGAAAGGUUGCUGAGGCUUCAACGGAAUACCCUGUCACCCAGGAAGUCUGUAAUGUCACGUUGAGCAAUGAGUGUCUACAUAGCACAGACUUGUACAGCCUUGCCAGGCACAGGUUCCCUCUGGAUGCAUAUGAUGUCACCUCCUCCCUAAAUGUGUAUAAGGCAGUAUAUGCUGUGGCUCAUGCUCUGCACAAAGCCCUUGCUUGUGAUUCUGGAAAGUGCCAAAAAAUGAGAGUGGAUCCAUUUGAGGUGAGCAAGAAUUAACAUAUUUAUAUAGAGUAUAUUUACUUAAAGCCACGGUUUAAUUAUGCACUGAUGAUUUUUUUUCCCUUUCUACCUCAGCUUCUCUGGUGGCUUAAAAAGGUGAGAUUUUCUCUGGACAACACCUCUGUUUACUUCGAUGCAAAUGGUGACCCACCGACAGGAUAUGACAUAAUUUCCUGGGUUUGGAGGGGGACAGACUGGUCUGUAAAAAGGGUUGGCUCCUUCAGCCCGUACCCUGUUUCACUUAAAGUUGAUGAUGAUCAAAUUGAAUGGCAUAACACAGGAGACUUGAGAAAGGUAAGACCUAUUGGGUGUUCUUGACUGGGGGUGUUAACGCGUUAUAAAUGUCAAAAAUGUUGCAGUUUUUUUUUUUUUUUUAAGUCAUUGGUCCAGCUGCAAAGGUAAAGAGAUGGUGAUUUCUUAGGCUUUGAAAAGGCAAGAAUAAAGAGUCCUGAAAAACUUCAGAGAUGGAACACAGUCUACUUUGCUUCUUAUUCUUAUUCUUAUCAAAAUAAAUGUAUAGGCAGUUAUGAAAAAUGUUUAGAGAUGAAAUAAGAAAAUGUAAUUGAAGGUUUUACAAAAGAUAAUUUUCUGCAGAUUGCAUCAUAUUAAUGGCACAGAUUAGACCCAACGACUUCACUAUCUGAUUUCAUAAACCUAUAUUUCUCAUUUCUGAACUUUUUUGUGAUUUAUAGAACACAGUCCAAUCCUGUGCUUUUUGUUUGUUUGUUUUUUGUUGAACACUGUUGGAUUUAUCAAGGUGCCACCGUCCAUCUGUUCUCCACCUUGCCAAAAAGGCCACAAGAAACUGCAGACAGGGCAACAUGCCUGCUGCUUUGACUGCCAGGCUUGUCCUGCUGCCACCUUCCUAAACACAAGCGGUAAUAUAAAGAUCGCAAAAAAAGAAAAUUAUUUGGACAUUUUUUUAAAAGAUAAGAGAAACAAAAAGUGUUUAUAAAAUAGGAUUGUUAAACUAUGUGAGACCAAACGUCACCUAGUUACUACAUAACAAAGACAGGAGAAGUGGUCAACCUAUUACAGUUUUUCAGAGGCAGAUGUCAAUACCAAUUAUGAGAGAGCAGGUUGGCUAAGGCCAAUAUAUUAUGCCAGUAUCUCAUCAUGCUUUUUGUUUGCUUUGUUUUUUUUCGUUUGGCAAAACACAACAGUUAAAUAGUACUCACAGACAGAAAUAAAAAUAGCAGGACUGGAGGAAAUAGUUAACCAAAAUCUAAUAAGCAUGGUGGUCUUAGCCAGUAAUAUGUUUGGAUAGAUUUUUCAUGAAUCAACAGAAAGAACACAUUAUUAAUCAGUCUACCUUUAAGAGUCAAACACUGUGAAAGCGUUCAACUGUUUUCUGGCUGUAGUGCAUAAAGCUGACCAGCAGGAAGUGCUAAGCACUCACAAAUGCUAACACCUACCCCAACAGGAGUAGACUCCUGUUUAAAAUGGCUCACCAUGUCUCACAACAAGUUGGCUAACAAAUGUCUUAAUAUUUUUUCCUCUUUUAGACCACAACACCACAACAUUUUUAUUUUGAUGAUUCACCAAUUUUUAAAAAUCUGCUUGUUGAUUGCACUAAAACGGAAAGAAUCUUAUAUCUUAGUUCUUUUUUUAACAACUCUACCAUUUUUGUUUUUCUUAGAUCCCACUAACUGUCAGAAGUGUCUGCCCCAGCAGUGGUCUCUCCCGCAGAGCGAGCAGUGUCUAAACAGGACUGUCCUGCUGCUGGCCUGGGACAACCCUCUCUCCAUUGCACUGCUCUUCUUUUUGGCCUCCUGUCUCCUCAUGACCUCCAGCUCUGCAAUAAUCCUUCUGCUCAAUUUGAACACUCCAGUUGCAAAGUCAGCCGGAGGCCGCACCUGCCUCCUGAUGCUUGCAGCUCUGACUGCUGCUGCCAUGAGCUCUUUGUGUCAUUUUGGCCAGCCAUCUUCUCUGGCCUGCGUCCUCAAGCAGCCUCUAUUUGUUGUCAGCUUCACUGUGUGUCUGGCCUGCAUCACUGUGCGCUCCCUUCAGGUCGUCUGCAUUUUCAAAUUUGCAUCCAAGCUGCCACCAGCCUAUGACAAGUGGGCCAAGAAACACGGACCAGAGUUGACAAUUUUCUUAGUCUCCAUCACUGUCUUGUUUAUUUCGGUGGUCCGUGUGUCUAUUAACCUUCCCCGUCCCGACCAGGACCUUGACUUCUAUGAGGAUAGCAUUGUGUUGGAGUGUAGUAACACCCUUUCACCUGGUUCAGGCCUUGAGCUUGCAUAUAUGUCACUGCUCAGCAUCCUCUGCUUCUCUUUCAGUUACAUGGGCAAGGACCUUCCAGCCAACUACAAUGAGGCGAAGUGUGUCACAUUCAGCCUUAUGGUAUACAUGAUCUCCUGGAUGAGCUUCUUCACUGUCUACCUCAUCAGCCGAGGCCCAUUCACCAUGGCUGCACAGGUGUUCGCCAUACUCUUCAGUGUCCUGGCCUUUUUUGGGGGCUACUUCCUGCCUAAAAUGUAUAUCAUUUUAAUUAAGCCACAGAUGAACACCACAGCUCACUUCCAGAACUGUAUUCAAAUGUACACCAUGAGCAAACAAUAAAGACAGACUACUACUCCUUAUUAAGAACUAAACCUUCAGGGCUUUCUUAAAGCUGUAGCAGGAAGGACUGUGACACUUGCUGUGGGUUAAAGUUACAUUUGUACUAAGGGAAAUAUACAGAAGGUUUAACGGACCAAAAUGGUUGAGAGGUUAGUUUAUAUGUCUUAGACGGUUUCAGUUGUUGCAAAAUACAUAAAACUCAAAACACGUGCUUUCUGUAACAUUAAAUCUUUGAUGUGUUGUAGUACAGGCAAACUGUUUUGUCUCUUUUACUUAUUAUUACAUGACAUGUGGCACAUGAUAAUGGUAAUGAUAUCUUGGACUCACAGAACAAACUAGAUCAUAUUUUCAAUAAUCUAAAAAAUAAAAAUUAAGGUGGCAUCAAGUUACAGAAUAAAAGUUUUUAUAUCACAGAACAAUGGCACAUGUCACUGAAUGUAAAAUAGAUGCACAAUUGUCCUGUCAUGAGAGUAUAAGCACACACGCACGCACGCACGCACGCACUGAUGCUGCUGGCUGUUAUUUUACAGCUGAGAUGAAAAGGUCUAGUUGGGAGGUCAGUCCUUUGGUCAACAAUAGAAGUGUGCAGUGGCUUCUGGCCCAUAGGGGCGCUGGGGCGCCGCCCUCCCUAAAAAAAUGAG